AUGUCAGACCCUUCAAUCCGUACUCUUAUCUACUCAUGCAAAACCAUCGCUCACCUUCACCAGCUUCACGCUCGCAUAAUCCGACAAGGUCUCGAGCAAGAUCACUUUAUUAUCUCUAAUUUUCUCAACAUUUCUACUUCUAUAACUUAUUCUACUUCAGUUUUUAACAGUGUAAAUUCUCCCUCUACUAUUCUUUAUAAUGUAAUCUUCAAAUUCUAUGCUCAUAAGUGUCGUUUUGAGGAGGCAAUGUCGUUGUAUGUUCGCAUGAAGAAGAGUGAAUACGCGUCGCCUGAUAAGUAUACUUAUCCUCAACUUAUUAGGUUGUGUUCGAAUGAUCGUAGGUUGAAGGAAGGUGAGGGUUUUCAUGGGUCGGUGAUAAGGAUUGGGUUGGGUGAUGAUUUGUAUGUUGGGUCUAGCUUGGUCGAUUUUUAUGGUAAAUGUAAGGAAAUAUUGUCUGCACGUAAGGUGUUUGAUGAAAUGCCUCAACGAAAUGUCGUUUCUUGGACUGCGAUGGUGGUUGGGUAUUUGAAUGUUGGGGAUAUAGGUAAUGGGAUGAGAGUGUUUGAUCAAAUGCCUGAGAGGAAUGUGAUGUCUUGGAAUGGUGUCAUUUGUGGGUUGGUUAAAGCUGGGGAUUUGAGAAAUGCUAGUAAGGUGUUUGAUGAAAUGGGUGAGAGAAAUGUUGGUUCCUUUACCGUUAUGAUUGACGGGUAUGCUAAGGCUGGGGAUAUGAUAUCUGCUAGGGAGUUGUUUGAGAAAGCUCCUGAGGUUGAUAUUGUUGCAUGGUCAGCGUUGAUUUCGGGUUAUACUCAGAAUGGGCAGCCUGAUGAGGCUGUUAAGAUGUUUCUUGAGAUGGAGUUGAAGAAUGUUAUGCCUGAUGAGUAUGUAAUGGUAAGCUUAAUGUCAGCUUGCUCUCAGUUGGGUAGCUUGGAUUUAGCUAAAAGGGUUGAUUGUUAUUUAAGUCGAAGCUCAAUUGAUAUUGAGCAAAGUCAUGUUAUUGCUGCUCUGAUUGACAUGAAUGUUAAGUGUGGGAAUAUAGAUAGAGCUAAAACAUUGUUUGAGCAGAUGCAUAGUCGGGACUUAGUUACAUAUUGCUCUAUGAUACAUGGAUUGUCCAUUCAUGGUUGCUCUAAGGAGGCUGUUGGAUUAUUUAAUAGGAUGCUAAAUGAGAAGGUAAUUCCAGAUGAGGCAGCAUUUACUGUUAUUUUGACAGCGUGUAGUCGUGGGGGUCUUGUCGAGGAGGGCGUUCACUAUUUUGAAACCAUGAAAGAUAAGUAUGUUAUGAGUCCUUCUCCUGAUCAUUAUGCGUGUAUGGUUGAUCUUUUUAGUCGGUCAGGACAGCUUAGAGCAGCUUAUGAGCUUCUAAAGUCAAUGCCCGUGGAGCCUAAUGCAAGUGCUUGGGGUGCACUUCUUGGGGCUUGUAAGCUGGAUGGCGAGGUUGAGUUGGGGAAGGCUGUUUCCAAGCAGUUAUUUGAGCUUGAACCAGAAAGUUCCGGUCCUUAUGUACUCUUGUCCAAUAUCUAUGCUGCAGCUGAUCAAUGGCUAAAUGUUUCUGUUGUUAGGGACGCAAUGAAGGAGAAAAGAGUUAAGAAAAUAGAAGGCCGCAGCUGGAUAUAGUAUUAAAGAUAUGAACAUUUGGGAUCCCUUCAAUGACCCCACUUAGAAUGGAUCGAUCUGGAACUGACAGCCGUCAUAGAGGAUCAUCAUCAGCAUCUCAAAAGCUGAGGCUUACCCAUUGCUAUGUUGGAGCAUCUUGAUUCUGUUAGCAAUGCUAGUUUUUUUGGAGACUGAGACUAGAUCUCCUGCUCAAACUCGUAUUGGAUCUGCUCUUGCAUUGAAGCCUCAUUUGAAGGAUGUUAGUUAUGCUUUUGACGACAUCUAAAGAACUACUGAAAAUUAUCAAGUGUGUAUGGGGUAAUGAUAAUCGGCGUGACGGCGUCAUCAAGCACGUCUCUUAUAUCAGCCUUACAUGCUGAGCUUGAAAGCAAUCAAAGUGGCAGCCAACUGAGGCUGCUGUUGGUGGUGGUGUUUUUAGUCCUAAGGAGAGACCUGGCAGGCCUAAGAAGAAAUGCUGUACAAAAUUUGCUCUUUUCACGGGGAGCAUGAAGGUGGAUGUUAUUCAUAUUUGUUUUAGUGGACUAUUUACUACCCCUAUAUUACUAGGUACCGCCUCCUUUUUGCCUAAAUAACUUUUUCCUAUACUUUUACCUUUUUCUAAUUCUAAAUUCACAUUCAAAUUCUCUCAACUCACAUUCAAACACGAAGAACGGAUAACAAAAAUCUCGGGUGAAAAUGUUGGAAUCUAACCGAAGAAGAGGACGAGACACACUAAUUGGCAUCAUCUCUUAGAGUAGCACACAUCGUCUCAACAUUCCAUCCCCACACACUUUGAAUGAGGCUGAUAAUAUGUUGAAGAAUGAUAGUGGUGAUCAUAAGGAGGAAGCUCAUAAGGAGGAGCAGGAGAAGGAGGAGGACGAACGUCAUGACUUGAGGUACAAACAUCGACAUUUGUGGCAUACGUAAAAUCCUAAGGAUAAGUUGAUGGAACAAAUGUUUCUCCAUAUGCAGCGGGUGGUGCAAUACCAUCAUUGUCAUCAUCAUCACCACCCCCGCUACUACUUGUACUAAGUCCAGCCAGAUUAUUUUGUUGAGUAUUAGAAGGUUGAGUUGCGGGUUCAUCAUCAUCUGAUAGCUAAUUCAUAUUUUGUCCAUCAAGUAGAGGUCUCUUCCUAAAAAUAUAAUCAAGAAGGAUGGUCGGGAGAGGAGCAAUUAUGUGACCGAAUCAAGUAGAGAUCUUGAAUCAAUUCAAGAUUAAGAUGUUGGAGAUCAUUUUUUUUGUUGUUGCUUCUUUUGAAUCAGAUUAUUAAAUAUUGUAUUCAUAUGUUCGUUUUGAAUUUUUUUUUUCUGGAAUUAUUAGUUGUAAUUUCAAUCUAUGUUGUAUUAUGAUUAAUAAAGUUCAUCUAGUAUGAAUAUAAUUUUUUUGUUUUUUUUUAUGAAA